AUGUCCGAUUCGGAAUUCGAGCUCGACGGCGGCCUAUUUGAGGAGCCUGAGGACUUCAGACCGUCCAAACCGGAGGCCCAUUACCAGAAGUACAUUAGGGUUGAUGACAAAUGCCACCCUGAGAUUAAAGAGAUCAAACUUCGACUGGUUGGGAAAUCACCGCUAUGGGGACACCUUCUUUGGAACGCGGGGAUUUACACGGCUAGAUACAUUGAGGACUGGUCCCAGAGUCUUGUGAAGGACAAGACUGUGGUGGAGUUUGGUGCCGCUGCUGCUCUGCCGUCUCUACUGUCUGCUAUCAACGGCGCUUCCAAGGUGGUAGCUACGGACUACCCAGAUCCCGACCUUUUAGAGAACAUCCAGAUUAAUGUGGAUAAUCUGGCCGAUAGAGAUGUUACUGAUAGAAUAAGUGUCAAGGGAUUUAUCUGGGGAAACGACACUACGGAAAUCAAAGAAACACUUGGAAGCACAGCUAAUUUAAUAAUCAUGAGUGACUUGGUGUUCAAUCACACUGAGCACCACAAGUUGCUCAAAUCGGCGAAAGAGCUGAUCACUCCUUUGCAGGCAAAGCCGGUCCCACGAACAGGAGGCAAGUGUCUGGUUGUUUGGUCGCCGCACAGACCGGCCCAAAAAAUGGUGGAGAACGACUUCAAGUUCUUUGCCGAUGCCAGAGACCUGUUCCAAUUCGACGUCGAAUUUGUCGAGAUGGUCCAUUGGGACCACCCAAUGUUCCCUGAGGACCCACAGGAAACGGAGGAGAUACGAAAACGCGUCUACUGUUACAUAUUACAUCCAACCUGGUGA